GAAAAAUGUCCUUCUUCAAUUUCCGUAAGAUCUUCAAGUUGGGGGGCGAGAAAAAGAAGAAGCAGUACGAGCAUGUGAAGAGGGACCUGAACCCCGAGGAGUUUUGGGAAAUCAUCGGAGAACUGGGCGACGGAGCUUUCGGGAAAGUGUACAAGGCCCAGAAUAAAGAGACCAAUGUUUUAGCUGCAGCAAAGGUGAUUGACACCAAAUCUGAAGAAGAGCUUGAAGACUAUAUGGUUGAAAUUGAUAUAUUAGCAUCUUGUGAUCACCCAAAUAUUGUGAAGCUUCUGGAUGCAUUCUAUUAUGAAAACAACCUUUGGAUCCUCAUUGAAUUUUGUGCAGGUGGAGCAGUAGAUGCUGUGAUGCUUGAACUCGAGAGACCAUUAACAGAGUCCCAAAUACAAGUAGUUUGCAAACAGACUUUGGAAGCAUUGAACUACUUACAUGAUAAUAAAAUCAUCCAUAGAGAUCUCAAAGCUGGCAACAUACUUUUUACUUUAGAUGGAGAUAUUAAACUGGCGGAUUUUGGAGUAUCAGCUAAAAACACAAGGACUAUUCAAAGAAGAGAUUCUUUUAUUGGUACACCAUAUUGGAUGGCUCCUGAAGUAGUCAUGUGUGAGACAUCAAAGGACAGACCGUAUGACUACAAAGCUGAUGUUUGGUCCCUGGGCAUCACUUUAAUAGAAAUGGCUGAGAUAGAACCACCUCAUCAUGAAUUAAAUCCAAUGCGAGUGCUGCUAAAAAUUGCAAAAUCAGAUCCUCCUACGUUGGCACAGCCAUCAAGAUGGUCUUCAAAUUUUAAGGACUUUCUUAAAAAAUGCUUGGAAAAGAAUGUGGAUGCUAGGUGGAACACAUCUCAGCUUCUACAGCAUCCCUUUGUUACUGUUGAUUCCAACAAACCUAUCCGAGAACUGAUUGCAGAGGCCAAGGCGGAAGUAACAGAGGAAGUUGAAGAUGGCAAAGAGGAAGAUGAUGAUGAGGAAACAGAAAAUUCUCUGCCAAUACCUACAAGUAAGCGUGCCUCCUCUGACCUUAGUAUCGCCAGCUCUGAAGAAGAUAAACUUUCACAGAAUGCUUGUAUUUUGGAAUCUGUCUCAGAGAAUACAGAACACAAAACUACUGAAGAUAAAUUCAGCAGCAGAAUUCUUAAUGAAAAACGUACAACUCCUGAACCUGGAAAGGAUAUGGAGGGUGUUAAUGAACAUGAUCAUAAUGUCCAUUUAGAAGUGGUCACUGACCUGAAUGAUAGAACAGCAGUAAGCAAGGAGAAUGGGAGAGAGGAGAAGAGACCCAAAUUAGGAAAUUCUCAUGAAGCAGAGGACCAAGAAACUGUGAACAUUAAUGCAGUGACUGAAGGAAAAGAGAAUCAUGGAAUGAUAACUUCAGGAACAAAUACUGAACACAGUCCUGAGAAAGAAAGGGAUCAGGAUAAGCAACAGAUAUUUGAAAAUAAACUUUUAAAAUCUGAAGAAAUUAAAGAUACUGCUGUUCCAACAGUUGAGUUAGUUUCUCAGGAGACUGGAGAAAAAGAGGCAGAUGAUCAUGCAGUUGGUAAGGAAGUUGGGCUUACAAAAGAAGAUACACAAGAAUACUUGGAAAAAGAUGACAGAACUCUGAAAAAUGGAGUCAGUGAUAAAAGCAACAUUAUGGGAACACAUGAGGCAGUGGAUAUUGUUCAGAAAGCAGCUGAAAGCGAUGCUGAGCCGAUUCAGAGAAAUGAUAGAAAAGAGGUGGUUGAAGUCAGCCAGAAAUUAACUAAUAAGCCCACAGAGGACUCUGACGCUGGAGGUGCUGAAGAAGUUCCUAUUAAAGAUAUAGUUGAAAUUAAUGAGCUAGAUCAGAGCUCUGAAGAAGGCAAAAGAAAGGAACAGUUAUAUGAAAGUUCAGAGAGUAAAUUGGAGACCAAUGAGGAACCAGGAACAAAUCGAGAAGAGGAACUUACUGAAUCAAGUAGUGCUGAAGAAAUAGAGGUUGUAAGUGCUGUGACUAAUGCUGGGCAGAAGGCUUCAGGAAGUGAAACUCGGGAUGCUCCUGUUGCUGCUGCUCAGGUGGACGCUGAGCAGCAGGGAGCUUCAGGGGAGGUGCCAGUUAAAACAGACCCUCAGGUUACUGUUGCAGCUACACAGCCCAGUGAACCCACAUCUGUUCUAAUACCCAGUAUUAACAUCAACUCUGAGGAAGCAGAAAACAGGGGAGCUAUAGAUGCUCUACCAAAGUCUGAAGAUGCGCCACCCCUUGAGUCUGAAAAUCAAAAGGAAAAUGAUACUGAUUCGGGCACUGGGUCCACUGCUGAUAACAGCAGCAUUGACUUGAAUUUAUCCAUCUCUAGCUUCCUAAGUAAAACUAAAGACAGCGGAUCAAUAUCUCUACAAGAAACAAGAAGACAGAAGAAAACAUUGAAGAAAACACGCAAAUUUAUUGUUGAUGGUGUAGAAGUAAGUGUAACAACAUCAAAGAUAGUUACAGACAGUGAUUCCAAAACUGAAGAAUUGAGAUUUCUUAGACGUCAGGAACUUCGGGAAUUAAGGUUUCUUCAGAAAGAAGAGCAAAGAGCUCAACAGCAGCUCAAUGGUAAACUGCAGCAACAACGGGAACAGAUUUUCCGGCGCUUUGAACAAGAAAUGAUGAGUAAAAAGCGACAGUAUGACCAAGAAAUCGAGAAUUUAGAAAAGCAGCAGAAACAGACCAUUGAACGUCUGGAACAAGAACAUACAAAUCGAUUGCGAGAUGAAGCGAAGCGCAUUAAAGGAGAACAAGAGAAAGAGCUGUCCAAGUUCCAGAAUAUGCUGAAGAAUCGAAAGAAGGAGGUUUUAAAUGAAGUGGAGAAAGCACCCAGAGAGCUGAGAAAAGAGCUCCUGAAACGCAAGAGAGAGGAGCUUGCACAAACCCAGCAUGCUCAGGAACAAGAAUUUGUUCAGAAGCAACAACAAGAAUUAGAUGGCUCUCUGAAAAAGAUUAUCCAGCAACAGAAGGCUGAGUUAGCCAAUAUUGAGAGAGAGUGCCUGAAUAACAAACAACAGCUCAUGAGAGCUCGAGAAGCUGCGAUUUGGGAGCUUGAAGAACGACAUUUGCAAGAAAAACAUCAGCUGCUCAAACAGCAACUUAAGGAUCAGUAUUUUAUGCAAAGACAUCAGCUACUUAAGCGGCAUGAAAAGGAAACAGAACAAAUGCAGCGUUACAAUCAAAGACUUAUUGAGGAGUUGAAAAACAGACAGACUCAAGAAAGAGCAAGACUGCCCAAGAUUCAACGCAGUGAAGCCAAGACUCGAAUGGCUAUGUUUAAGAAAAGCUUGAGGAUCAACUCAACAGCCACACCAGAUCAAGACCGUGACAAAAUUAAACAGUUUGCAGCCCAAGAAGAGAAGAGGCAGAAAAAUGAAAGAAUGGCUCAGCAUCAAAAACAUGAAAAUCAGAUGCGGGAUCUUCAGCUGCAGUGUGAAGCUAAUGUGCGAGAACUGCAUCAGCUCCAGAAUGAAAAAUGUCACCUGUUGGUUGAGCAUGAGACGCAGAAGUUAAAAGAGCUAGAUGAGGAGCACAGCCAAGAAUUAAAAGAGUGGAGGGAGAAGUUGAGACCAAGGAAAAAGACACUGGAAGAAGAAUUUGCCAGGAAACUCCAGGAGCAGGAAGUGUUCUUUAAAAUGACUGGAGAGUCUGAAUGCCUUAACCCAUCAGCCCAGAGCCGCAUUUCGAAAUUCUACCCCAUUCCCAGCUUGCAUUCCACUGGGUCAUAAGGAUGGGAGGCCUGCUGUGACUGGGUUUGGAUUUCUAAGUACAUUGUUACAUUCUCUUCAUCUUCUGCCACAAUCUAGCAAAUGGCUCAUGAAGACAAUCACCUGCCUCACUUCGUAGGGUUUUUGUUUUAUUUUGUUUUGUGUUAUAUUUUAUUUUAAGCAAAGAUGACGGGGAAAGUGAAAUAAGACAGAUGCUGGGCCAUGUUGGCGAAGUUGCAUCAUGUAAUAUUUCCCUAAGGUUACUUUGUAUAUUAUUAAUCUUAAAAUUGUGUGUUCUUUAGACACUAUUACCUGCAAAACUGUUAGAGAAAUAAUGUUUAAAUUUAUUUUUAAAAACCUGUUACAUUGCUAAGUAUUGUUAAUAAAUAUCUUUUUACAUGACCUAAAUUCUGUAGUUGAAACUGUGCUGAAUUAUUUUCAUUUGGUGAAUCAGCACUUAUAAAAAAGCUAUGAACUGCUCAAAAUAUGCUGUUGGUUCAGUAAAUCAAUAUAUUUUAAUUUUAAAUAAAAAAAGUCAUUUUGAAGUAGAAAAUUACUUUGGUAAUUUGUUGAAAAUGAUUGCCUGUUUAGGCAUGAGUUAAUUUCAUGACUGAGGGUGCUAGUUUUAUUAAGAUAGUGCCUAAAGCACUAAAUUUUCAACAGGGAUAAAACAUCUUUGCAUUAAGCAUUAUUCUUAAAAUCUGUUCUAGCGUUUGAUAGAAAUCUUCAUCAUAAAAUACAUGUAUAUAAUGUUUGGAAAGUUUAAAAAAAAGAUUUUCUAGAUUUGCAAAUUGGAAAUGUAAAAUUUGCCAAAUUAAAAUUAAUUUAGCUGUCCCAGUUUAUUUCCUAAAAUAAUACAGGAACUGGUUAGAAAGCUUGUCUCCAUCUUAGCACAUUCUGUUCGUUUCAAACUAUCAGAAGCCUGUAGGCAAUGAGUUAUAUUUAUAAAUACAUUUUAUGAAAUUAAUCUUAAGAGACAUUUGUUCACAAUACUUUUUCAAACAGGAUUUAAAUAUUAAGACAAAUGUUAGAAAUGACUGUUAUUUUAAAAUGAGAUUUUAUUCUGUUCCAUGUUUAAAUUAUUUGAUUUGCGUGGAAAAAGCCUGAAACCUUUAUCAUGUGACUGCUGAUAUAUAUAAUUGUUAAUUAAAUGUUCACUCCUAGUCAUUUUUGAGACUUAGAAUUUCAACCAUGUGUCCGGUCAGACAGUAUUAAAUCCAUACUUGGAUGCAGGAGCAAGCACAUUUGUAAAUGGUGCUUUUUGCCUGCCGUAUCUAACCUCCCCUGCCCCCAAAGUGUAAGAGUUUUCCAUUUUUAUAUUAUUUUGAGGCUGGUGAAAAAUUUUAACGUUAUGUUCUGGGAACACUGAUUUCAUAUUAAGAACAUGUAAAUGUCUGUAGCACUUUUCUUGCAGUUAAUUUGGAAACUUUGGAUGCUAAACCUUACUUCGGUGGUUUAGAGGACUUAAAAAUGCAUGUAUGAUGUUAACUUUAUCAUUGUUUUGACAAGUAUAAUUACUUGAACAACUUUGUAGGUAGCCUUAACUUCUGGCCAAGUUGGUUUUUUAUAUAAAUAUAUAUACAUAUAUAUUAUGUAUGGUUGUAAAUUCAUACACAUACACUUCAUGAAUGUGUUACUAUAUACAAAACUCUUAAUGCUUUAUUCUCAACUGCUGGGUUGAAGAUUGUUUGGAAAGCCUUUUGAAAUAUAUAUAUCUUUAUAAAGUAAUAUUCAGGAUGAUGAUGGAAAUUGUUUAUAUUGUUAUGAUAAAAAUGAUGGUAUUAUGUUGCCCAGUGUAUUUAAUGAUUUAUUGAAGGGGGAUGGGGAAGAAGAUUCUCAUACUACUUUCUCAUUUGAGAUUUUUCAGUUUGUUGGGAUUUUACAAAUGAAUACUUCAGGCAGUAGGCAUUUUUUUCAAAUCUUUUAAAUGACGCCAUGUGUGCUAAGUAGUUCUGCAUUAUAGGUUUGGUCUGAACAUCUGAUUCUUCCUAAUCCUUUUGGCUUGACAAGUUUUUGAAUCAAGGCAAGGCCCAGAGAGGGACAGUUAAGCACUUGGGGUAAGUUGCCGGGCACCCCUUGUGCCCUACCUAAUUAAAUCUGCCCUUUCCUUUCAGUAUUUGCUUGACUUCUCUCUCAACUAUGACCACGUGGGUGCAGGACAUGCAGAGAUGAAGCAGUCAUUCAGCACGUACAAUUACAUAUUUUCAAAAAGUGUUCUGUUAAUAGAAUAUGCUAUUUGUAUACCCACCUGCCCCUCUUUAUAGGGUCCUGUAUUCCACUAGGUAGUAAUGGUCUCUCUUGUAUGGAGUUAAAGAUGAGGAAAUUGGGGAGGGCAGAUUUCUUUGAAAUGUAAGCAUAGCCAAAUGCUUUCCUGCUUUGCUUGGUUGUUGCUGCCACAGAAUGUGCCGUGAUGUGCAUGUGUACCCGAGUGUAACUGCCCUUGUUCCUGAGGGCUGUGGACACACAAGGCCUCCGCUCUCCCGCAGGUCCCGCUGCUAGAGCCUGGAGCACCAGGCUGCCUUUCCUAGUCCUGUCAACCCACAGGGUAUGAGUUGCUAAAUUAGCUGCUGUUCUGUGUGAGUUAGAUGAAGCUCUUUCUGAUGCUUUCCUAUGAGAAAGCUGUAGUGUGGAAAAGGAGAAAAUUCAGAGUAUUUUCACCUUGUUCAAGCUAUUAGAACCUUCCUGUGACAGGACCCAACAAAUCAAUGAAAUAUAAACCAGAACCAGAGCUACCUCUAAGUAGUGUUUCCUCAAGCACAAAGCUCUCAGGCAUAUGAGACCUUUGUCUCUGAUUUCUUGAGCAUCAGCAAGUUCCAGAAGUGACUGCUUUUUGUACUCUUCCAGUUCCCUUGUAAGCACACUUUCCCCAGCCCACACUAUACUGAAGUCACAAGGACUCUUCAAGAAGCCAAAUUCUGUCCAAGUGUUAGCUAGAGAUGCUGUUCAUCAAAAGAAAACCUGGAACCGAAGCAGAAGAAGAAAAUUCCAGUGUGAAUCGUCUCCUGAUUCAAUAAAUCAGUUAUUUUCUGGGAAAUGGGAUGGUAUUUUUAAAUGCUUUUCUCAAGUUGAAGGCACAACAGUUAAUGCCUCCAUUGUUGCUGUUCUGUGGCUGUUCUUUUUUCGAAAAAGCUUUAACAUUUCUGCUUCUAAUCUGGGAAUAGAGUGUUUCACCAACUUUUAAGUGUUGGCUGACUGCAGCUUUUUUGUGAUCAUUCUCUGAUUUGCGGUGUUGUUAAGUUCACAAACUAAAUUUUCAGAAACAAUUUUGUUUCAGGUUAUGCCUCUUGUCUACUUGGGAUCAGUCUGUCUUUUUAAUCAUGAUAUUGGAAAAUGAAAAAUAAAGUUAUUUCUUACUAUA